AUGGAGAAACUAAAAGGUCCCACCGUGGGAUGCACCAAAGCCACCUGUGGAUGGAGAGCCCUGCUUCUCCCACAGCUGAACAGGCAGUCCCUGUACGUGUACGGCAGUGAGACGGCCGUGGAGAAGGAGUGCAUGCGGCAGCUGCAGAGCGGGGUCUUUGUCAUCCACCCGUUUAGCCUCAUGAGGAGUUACUACAUCAUGUGCAUGAUGGCCAUCACAUUUCUGAACCUGAUUGGGAUUCCCAUGGAGAUAGCGUUUCUGGACGGAAACAGCGGACUGGCGUGGGAAGGAUUUAACGUGUUUUCAGACACGCUGUUCCUGAUAGAUGUGGCUCUCAAUUUCCGAAUGGGCAUCAUAACAGAGGACGGCGAGGAAGCUAUUCUGGAUAUCAAGCGGAUCCGAGUCAGUUACCUGAGGACAUGGUUCAUACCGGACGUUAUAGCUGCUUUCCCGAUCGGAUACAUACUUCUGUUUGCGGAUUUACAGUACCAUAACGAUGACAAUCCCUCCAAGACCAACAAGAUGAUGAGGAUCCUGAUGUUUGUGCGGAUCCUCAGCUUAAUCAGACUGGCUCGAGUGUCCAGACUGGUCAGGUUCUUCAACGAGGUGGAGAAGGUGUCAAACGCAAACUUGGAGGUGGUGCGCCUGUUCUUCCGCAUCUUGUCUCUGUUCAUGAUGAUUUUCCUGCUGUGUCACUGGAACGGCUGCAUCCAGUACUUUGUCCCCAUGCUGGAGGAGUUCCCCACUGAUUGUUGGGUCCGGAAAGAAAACCUGAUGAACGCCACAGUGAUCGUGAAGUACUCUUGGGGAGUUUUCCGAGCUCUCUCCCAGAUGAUUGCACUUUCUUAUGGCUCCAUGGACGCACCAACAAAUUAUGUGGAAAUGUGGAUCGUCAUGGUCAGCAUGGUGUCCGGGUGUCUGAUGUACACCGUCCUCGUGGCCAACGCUACGACCAUGAUCGCUAACAUCGACCCAGCGGCCAAGGAGUACAAGAGCAAGAUGAGCCGCUUGGAGCACUACAUGGCCUUCAUGAAGCUCCCACCAGAGCUGCAGCUUCGCAUCAGCAACUACUACCAGGCUCGCUAUGGAGGGAAGUGGUUUCAUGAGAAGGACGUCAUGGACACAGUGUCCUCCGCGCUCAAAGAGCAAAUCCUGAUGGUGAUGUGCAGCCGCUUAUUAAGGAACGUGCCAAUGUUUCAGAACAGAGACGAAAACUUUAUCAACGCCGUCCUCCUCAAACUGGAGUACGAGGUUUUCCUGGAGGGAGAUACCAUCAUCCGACAGAACGUCCCCGGUGACCGCAUGUUCUUCAUUGACCACGGUCAGGUCCUUCUGGAGACGGAUUCCUACGAGAGGGAACUGUGUGAUGGAGACUUUUUUGGAGAGACUUGCAUGCUGACCAAAGGCAAACAUCUGGCCACAGUGAAGGCACUGACCGACUGCCAGUGCUUCUCUCUGUCCUGGGACGACUUUCAAGAGACGCUGGAGGGUUUCCCAGAUGUCAAGAAGGACUUAGAAAAAAUGGUUGAGCUCAACUCUGAUGGUGGACUUGUGUAAAAACGAGAAUGGACUUUUUCACUGUAUGGAAAGGACACAGGACAUAUGGAUAUUUCCCGGACAUUUUAUAUAGCGAUGUGAUGGACAGUAAGACUGUGGCUGAUUCCUCAUGUGGAUACGAGUUGCACACUUAUCCAUUGAUGAGAUGGACAGUUUUCAAGUAUUGACUAUUUUCAU